UGUUCAAACUCGCAGAGCUAGAGAUGCACUGCUGAAAAGAAGCUUGCGAUUUUACAAUCAAUACAGGUGCUUCCUUCGAUCGGACUUCGGAGUGUCGGAACAGGGGUUAGCUCUUUUUCGGAGGGACUAGCGAAGUACAAGUGACGUCUGGUGAGAGAAACGAGUGGACUGGUUCAGGUCAUUACUGUACCUGUAGGAGAAAGAUGAUGAUGAUGCCAAGGUGAUACCUGCCUAACCUUUGAUAAGGGACCAGAGAAGAGGAUGGCAUCUCCUGUGCCUUCCCAGUCAUCCCCUGAGCGUUAUGUUCAGGCUGCAGAGAUCGGCAGUGGAGCAUAUGGCAUCGUGUACAAAGCCAGGGACACAGAAACUGGUCACUUUGUGGCCUUGAAGAGUGUGCGGAUACCAAUUGGUGAGGAGGGCAUGCCUGUUUCUACCAUAAGAGAGAUAUCCUUGCUCCGACAUCUUUGUCAGCUAGACCAUCCUAAUAUUGUUAAACUUCUUGACGUUUGUGAUGUGAUGGAUGUUGGAAGAUCAGAGAUGAUGUUAACUUUGGUCUUUGAGCUUGUAGACCAGGACCUAGCCCAGUAUCUUGAGAGAUGUCCUCCCCCAGGAUUAAGUUCUAGUACUAUCAAGGUAUUAAUGCAACAGCUUCUUAGUGGUGUAGAAUAUCUUCACUCCCACCGUGUGACUCACAGAGAUUUGAAGCCACAGAAUAUUCUCAUUGCUUGUGAUAAGAAACUCAAGCUCACUGAUUUUGGUUUGUCACGUGUUUACAGUUUUCAAAUGGCUCUGACCCCAGUGGUGGUCACAAUGUGGUAUCGGGCACCUGAAGUUCUUCUACAGGCUAGCUAUGCAACACCAGUUGACAUGUGGAGUGUUGGAUGCAUAUUUGCUGAGCUUCAUAGGAGAAGGCCUCUGUUCAGGGGACAGUCUGACAAGGAUCAACUUCAUAAAAUAUUUGAGGUUAUUGGGCUUCCACCGGAGGAUCAAUGGCCAGAUGUUGCACUUCCAUGGAGCUCCUUUCGUCAGACUGGACAGCGAUCUUUCCUAGACCUUGUCCAGGAGAUAUGCAAUCAUGGCCUAGAUCUAUUGGAGCGAAUGCUAUGUUUCAAUCCAGACCAUCGGAUCACAGCUGAGCAAAGCCUGUCACACAGUUACUUUGACGAUGAACAGGGUGAUGAGGAGGAAGAAGAUGAUGACGAUACCGAAGUGGAGGAAGAGGAUGAUGAUGAGGGGGUUGAUGUUGGCCAAGAACGUAGUCUAUCGGUAGCGUCUUCAAGAAUGAGCCUUUCUACAGACGACUCUGGUUCACAUUCACAGUUUGGUGUUAGUGACGACUCACAGUCUCAAGAAAUCACACCAACUAAUGUGUGAUGAUAGGAAUCCAUGGAUAGGAAUGCCAUUAGCCAAGAUAUCUUUGAAAUGCUGAAUUGUGGUGCUUGAUUCAACCUGUGUUUUGGUGUUGAAAAAAAACCCUGCAGUAUUUUCCAAAUUUUGGAGGCUGAUAUUUGCAUUGUAUAAUGGAAGCUACUAUGUGUAAUGCCUAUGAGGAUUCAUAUCGUCCAUUGACUUUACACAGCAGUAAGUGUGUGUACGUACACACUUGAUGACUGUUGUCCUAAAGCAUGAAAUCAUCCUGAUAUUGCUAAUUGGGUCAUGUCAAACUUAUUUGCACGAUUGCACUUUAAUUGGAUACAGAUUUGUGUCGGAUGUCUUCAGUUUUAUGUUGAAUAGACUGUAAGCUAGGAAGCAGUGGAUUUUGCCAUUUGGUGUUAAGCAGCUGAUAUAUUUUCCUACUGCAUUCCUAGACCUUCCUGAAAAGGAUAAAAGUUCCAGAUGUAUUGCUGUGGUGCAGAGAUAUUCUCUUGUGGUUGGAUAUUUUGUUAGAAGAAAGGUAAUUGAAUACUAUUUAACGAGUAUCACCAACUUGUUGAUCCUGUGUAAGAUGCAAGAUACGUUUAGUAGGGAAACCUACCAAGCGCAGAGUGAUGGGUAGAAGAGAGUAGUAAAAUAUUGUUCUUCGUCACCCAUGAAUCUGCUGGUUGGGUUUUCAAAAAUGAGAGUUUACCAACUAUUUUUUUUGACUCACCUGCAUAGCAGAUUGAGACUGUAGGCGCCACUUUUCUGACAGCGGAGGCGACUGCGUCAAUACCAAAUCUUUUGAAAUGACAUCAUAACUUAGAAAGUAUAUAGACCUAGUUCAUGAAACUUGGACAUAAGGUUAGUCAAGUAUUACUGAACAUCCUGCCUUAGUUUCAGGUCACAUGACCAAGGUCAAAGGUCAUUUAGUGUCAAUGAACUUUGGCCAAGUUGGGGGUAUCUGUUGAAUUACUAUCAUAACUUUAAAAGUUUAUGGAUCUGAAUCAUGAAACUUGGACAUAAGAGUAAUCAAGUAUCACUAAACAUCCUGUGCAAAUAUCAGGUCACAUGACACAGUUCAAAGGUUAAUGAACUUUGGCCAUGUUGGGGGUAUCUGUUAGAUUACCAUCAUAACUUAAGUGAAAGUUCAUGGAUCUGAUUCAUGAAAAUUCAUGAAAAACAUAUUAAUCAAGUACAACUGAACAUCUCAUGCGAGUUUCAGGUCACAUGACCAAAGUCAAAGGUCAUUAAAGGUCAUUGAACUUUAUCCAUUAUGGAGGGACUUAUAAGAUUGCUGUCAUUACUUUCAAUAGUGUAUAAAAUGUGGAUAUAGGGGUAAUCCAGUAUCAUUGACAAGUCUUACAUGUAGGUCGCAUGAUCAAGGUCAAAUGUCAUUUAUUGUCAAUUAACGUAGUAUUUUAUCAUAUGAAUGUUUUUUGUGAAUAAUUAUUUUAUAGUAGUUUUCAAAGUCAGCACUGCUGCUAUGUUGAAUUGCGUGAUGCAGGUGAGACAGCCAGAGGCAUUCCACUUGUUUUAUAACUGUGAGUGUGCCAAUGACACCAUCUUUCAUAAUUCAUAGAAUACAUGUACUAAAAUUAUGAAUAUUAAUGCGUAAUGGGCAGCACUGAUUUGUGAAGAAGAUAAGUGAAUGUUUUGGGGAAAAUUGGCUUAUAGAGUGUCUGUUCCUGAAUAUUUUUUUUUCUACUGAUUUAAUUUGAUGGAGAACAAAUCCUCAAUCAUGGUAGUUGAAUUUGAAGGGAAAUUAUUAAUACCUUUGGGCUUUAAUAUGUUUUUCUUUGUUGGUUUCCAAAUGUUCAAUAUUCUCCACUCAGCUAUUCAGUAGAAAAAAAAAGAAUUUGUAAUGCCAUAGUAAUAAAUGAUAUUCCUUUCAUGCAUUAUGAAUGCUUCUGAGAGUAAAAAAAAUACCUGUAUCGUCUAUAUUGAGGUUGACUACACACUGAACAUGAUAAAUGCACAAUCAUUGAUAUUAUUAGAUAACAAAAAAAGAAUUUCGUUAUUUUCUGCUUUUUUUUUGUUUUUGCUGUUACCAUGAAGCACAUUUCAAGCCAUCAUUGUUAUGAUCCACUAGAUCUUGAAUUUAAGAGCAUUCCCAUAAAAUAGUUUUGGGACUUAUUACCACUGAAACUUAGUUGUAUACUUCAUUUGUUUAUAAAGUGAUUUUGUACAGAACAUAUUAAGGCUUAAAUGGGCAAUUCAUUUGGGGGGAUAUUU